AUUAUUUCCCUUGAACUACAUGUAGAGCUCUUCAAACGUGUUUUCUGGGACUAGAUAUUUCUAUUAUCUAAAUCAACCAAAUGCCGUACCAAAUGGUUUGCAAAACGCAUGUGAUAUUGUGAGCUGUAUGAGAUUUUGAUCUAGGCAUCACUGUGAAGUGUUUUCUGUAAAACUAGGAAAAGUGUUGAAAACCAGCAUCAAAAGAAAAUUUGAAAAUGGAUGACGAGUAUGAGUGGCAGCCUCCGUCUGAAGCAGAGAUGAAGAUUAUACAGGCCAGGAGAGAACGCUCAGACAAAAUAAGUAAACUGAUGGGUGAUUAUAUGCUGAAAGGCUACAAAAUGCUGGGAAUAGUCUGUCCAGAAUGUUCAACAAUCUUGUUACAAGACAAACAAGGAGUGAACUACUGUGUGGCAUGUAAGGAGCUAGAUACAGACACUGACAAGGACGAUCCAGUAUUGAGCAGAGAUGCUGCUAGGUCUCAGAUAUUAGAAGGAAGUGUCACGGAGGCGGGAGACACCGACCUGCCUUUCAUGCUGAGACAAGAUCAGCCAACCAGUGUACCUUCUCUUCCAGAGGUUCAACAGAGAGCCAUUCCAAUCACUAUGGCAGCUGUGACAUCGUCCGGAAUUUCUAGCCAAUCGGCUCAAAGCAGUUUGAAUUUAAAUUUUAAUGACACUGUUGAAACUUUAUGCCAGAAAAUAAAUUGGGCAUCUGAAGAAUUGAAGAAGUCAUCAAGUGUAGAUUACUGUGUUAACCUUUGUCAACUUAUAAAAUCCUCGGCAGAUGCUUUACAAAGUUUGAAAAAGGUUGGAUGAUUAGUGCAUGGCCUUUAAUAGCAUUGUGAUACUUUGUUUCAAUUUUAACUUUAAAAGCUUGCAUUGAAAAGCUUGCAGAUUUUGCCGAAGUUAUGAGGCGUUCAGUGUUUAAGGUAAAGAGAUACAGCUCACAAAUAAAUUGUGAUGUGUGUUAACCUUUAUGCAACCUACAAGAAGUGUCUGCUGGAACAUUUAGUCAACACAUCUUUCUUAACAUAGACAUGUACGUAGACAGAGGCAAACUAUUUCAUAUCUUGAAAAGUACAACAAACACUUUUAACUAUCCCUGUCAUGGUCCGUUAAACUUAUUAGGAGAUAUCAGCAGUACUAAAAUAUACUGUGACAUCAUUUAAUUAUGUUACUGGCAUAAAAUUUGGGAUUUUUGUCAAAACUGCUAUCUAAGUGUUUAACCUUCAGCCUGAUGGCGGCAAAUGAUUUAGCCUUUGCGACCAGUGAAGACCAAGAUCAUGGUCUGCACUAUUCGCUAUUCUGUCAGUAAAUUUUCAGUGAACACCCCUUAAAAUAGUAAAUGGUAUUGCCUAAAUUGAACGAUGGACCAAUCCAUUUUAGGAAUUUAGCAGGCUAAGGGUUAACUUUGUGAAUUUCAAAAUCUAAAGAUGUAUGGGAAUUUUUUUUUGUGCAGUUGGAUUAAAUUUUGUGGACUGACAACCAUUAAAUCCAUGAAAAUUGGUUCUCCACAAAUAAUUAUGAUUUCACAGUAAUAAUCACAAGUUUAAGAAAUGGCUAGAAAUUUAAAAUUAGACUGGCAGCGAUACAACAAUAUGAUAAGGAUUUCUUUCUGCUUUGGUAUGUAGUAGUUAUAAUUUCUUAAUCUUUAAACAUGAAUGGAAAAUAAAAGAUGUGAAACCCG